CGUCGAAGCGGGUCUCGAGCACGUAAUGGUCGCUACCACUCGGCUCCCUCGACGUUCUUCACGAACGCCAGACCGGGGGUGGUGUCCCAAGUUCACCGAGUUGCCGAUUCCGGUCGGGACCGCUCCUCCCAUGGAAAAGCCUGCUCAAUCUUUCAGACGUUUGGCGCGUGCCUCGCGUGCCACGUGUUCUCUCCUCGGGACAGGUCGCACAUGUGAGAUUCUGCGUUAAAGUGCCCCGCCCCCAUCACCGGGAUCGGGCCCCAUUCCGCUGUACUUUCUGCCUAGCAGAUAUCGUUACGUAGAAACUGUGCGACGUUCUACCAACUUCCUGACCGGCCCCGGCAGAACGAGUUUUAACGUUUCAUCGCCAGAGUAGAAAUGCCGUGGUCGCUUUAACAUACGCCACAUAAUAUAGCCAUAGGCAAGUACGAUUGUAUAACACUUAGUCACUGGUGGCGUCACAAUCUGUAUAUGUCUCGCUUACCCCGCGUCCGGUACCUAUGUAGCAACUGACAUGUCUUAACCUCGCGUCGAACAGCCAGAGUAGCAAUCAGGUCGUUGGCGUCACACCAUCGUCGUCACCGUCGUCUUGCUGUUUUCGUCACUCACAUGCGCUCUUGUGUCACACAUAGCUGUGCGUCUUCGUAUACGCGUAGGUCCACCUGGAAACGCUUCGCGUAAUCCCAAGCAAUUCUGUCUAGCCAGCCACCAGCAAAGUGCUUUGCAUAACGUUGAUUCCCACAGUGCCAGUGAUCUCUUUGAUUUCUUUCUUUCCUUCCUUCUUUAUUGUCCUUCUUUCUUUCUUUCUUUUUCUUUCUUUCUUUCUUGGCUUCAUUCUCUCGUUCUUUCUUCAAUCCCGUGGCCACGCCGCACGAGCGAGGCGCGACCCUCCUGCUAGAACUCUCCACAUGUGGAUGGAUAGGCCCACGUUUCGCUCCGUUUUCGCAAUCGCACUGCCCGCCAGCGAACCCGGGCCCGCGGCUCGGCGCUCGGGCGCCCGUUUCGGUGCCACAGCGCUCGAGACGCGGCGCUCGCGACGUCGGCGCCGCCGCCGGCCCGCUCCCUCUCGGCGCGUGGCGCCCAAUCGAAGAGCGGAUGCCGCACCGCGCGAAGCCCGCUGCAGCGAGGGAUCGGGGCUGGCCGUAGCCCCGCCUGCACCACCACCGACGCCGCUGCCGAAGACGGCGCAGGUUUCGAAUACCGGGCAAGCAGGACCUCCCCUACGUGAUGAACUCGUACGUGCCCUCCGGGGGCCCGUAUGCGGCUCCGGCGUGGGCUUUCGGUGCUGCGACGACGAGAAAACCAAGCCGCCCUGCGUUGUCAAGUUUCGCUCGUUUAAUGCUCGUGCUACUCUUGCAAGCCAAGUUUAGCGUCAGCGGCGAGCCUCCUCCCCCGUCUCCCACGAGCAGUACUCGGACUCCUCCCGCAAGGGAACAGAAGGUCGCGAACGCCAGCUGUGCUUUCGCCGGUUGUUCUUUGACCGUCGACAACGGGACGUCGGUUUCCGCGGAAACGACAACGUACGUCAUCACCACUACGAGCGAGCUUCAACAGUCGAAGGAUUACUUUUCGACGACCGUCAUCUCCGCCGCUCACGAAGGAGUCAGUGCCGCUCCUUCGUCCAGUUCGAACCGCCCCGUGGUGAGGAACGAUUCUAGCUUGGUUCUCUCCGGCGGGAACGCGAGUGAAAUCAACGGAUCUUCGGUGCAGCUAGGGGAGGUUCCGGCAAAGGAAUCGCCCAUGAGCUCGCAGCGCCCGAAAGAGCUAACCACGGAGACGACCGAAUCAGCGACGGAAGGUACGACUGUCCCAGUGAGAACGACGCCGCAGCUGCCCGCCGACGUCACGAGGGCUAGCAAGCCGCCGCGCCGCAAGUUCCGCAAGGGGCAGCGUCGGAACGGCGGCGGCGACCGCAGGAACGCGUCGCUGUCGCCGCCUUCUUCUGCCUGGAGGGAGGAAACGCGCUUCCUCUGGGAACCCCGCGAUCCGGUUCCGGUGCCGGGCUACGCGUUCGGCCUGGCGUUCGGCGUCGUCGCCCUGGCCGGUCUCGUGGGCGCCGGCACCAUGUGCGGCGGCGGCGGUGGCGGCGCGAAGCCCAUGCUCGGCACAGCGUGGGCCACCGCCGUCACGGCGCUCGUCGUCACCUCGGCGGCGUCGCGCGCGGCGGCGCUGCUGCUGCUUCCGGCGCCGCCCUGGCGCCGCCUGCUCCAGGCGGCGUCCCCGGCGGGACUGUUCCUGGCGCUGGCCCUCUUCUGGCUCGCACUGUGCAGGCCCGCUCUGUCCCGCCUCCUGGCGGCCGGCGCCUGCUUCGUGGCGCUGUGGGUGCUGCCCAUCGUGGCCGAGUCACAGGCCGGGGCGCUGGUCGACGCUCGGCUGCUGCUGGUCACGCGACUCGCAUCGCUGGCCGCCGCCUGCCUGGCCAUCCUCGUGGCGCUCGUCGCCUUCCCCUGGCUUCGAAGGAUGGCGCUGAGGUCGCAAGAUGCCCUGCUUUGCUCGGCCUUGGCCAAAAUGCAGGACGAUGCGGCGGAGGUGCCGAGGCGGCUGCCGAGACCCAUGGCCCGGACCACCCUGCGCGCCGCCCUGUCGGCCACGCUGCUGGGCCUCGCGCUCGCCUUGCUGCUGGGCCACGCCGCGCUGCACGCGGGCCAAGCGGCCCACCCGCGCUGGCUGUGGUGGACCUGCCGGGGGCUGACGCUGCUCGCCGAACUGAGCGCCGACGCCUGCCUGGCCUUCGCGGCGUCCAGGCCCGCGGCCCGGUGCCACGCGGUGGUGCCGGCCACGGCCACGCUGCUGACGCCGCCCGGCUUCUCCGCCGACGCGUUCGGCAGGCCCGGCGGUCACCGCUGCAGCGCCAUCGGAGCCCGGGGGGAUCCGAGCGAGGCUGCCGCGCUGUGCGACUCCCAGUCGCCGGCCAAGACGGGCCUGCUCGGACACGCGACGUUGCAGCGCACGGCCCUCCUGUUCCACGACCAGUGCGUCUCCAGCAGCGUGUCCACGUCCAGGUUCUGCUCGGCGGCCGGAGGAAGCCGCGACGGCACCAGCAGCGACGACGAGGGCGACGACGCCUCGCAUCGGGCGCUGGCCGGUUCCACGGCGCCGGGCACCGUGGACGGCUCGCCAUGGUCGCAGGCGCACAGCAGCGCCUCCUUCAGGCGGCUGGGCAGCAGUACGUGCAGCUCGGAGAGCGCCGCGCACAGCUUCGACCUCGCCUGGGGAGGAGGCGGCGGCGCCCUGCGGCCCCCGCAGAGCCUCAGGCUCGACCUCAGCGCCGGCCACCACCACCACCACCGGCGAGGCAACGGCGUCGUCGGCGGCGCGGGGGACGCCAGCGAGGACGUCACGCCGGACUCGGCCGUCUACGUCGACCUGUCUCCCGAGCUGCGCCGCAGCGAGGGCCACUCGCUGGACAAGCUGCAGAGCAAGGGCUGCCCCUGCUGCGCCGCGCGCCGGCCCUGGCGGAGGGCGGCCCUCCAGCGGUACACCCUGAGCGCCUCCCGGUUCUCCCUGAGCGGGUACGAGCCGCUCAGGCGCGACGAGGACUGUCGCUGCUGCGCGGUCGACCAGGACCCCUUGCGGCAGGUCAAGGCGUGCGCGGUGUCCAAGGAAGAGUGGCACAGGAACCUCCAGUCGCUCCCGCCGCCGGCGUCUUCGGCCUUUUGAGAAGGCGGCGCAAUCGGUGCUGCCGCGGCUUUCCUGCCACGCGACGCGAAGCGCGGAGAGUCGACUGGAUAUCAACUGUGACCGC